AUGACUAGCAGCUCUUUGAACUCAGAUGAUCCUUGUUUUGAUGGUGAUGGAAAAUGGGCCACCAAGCUUCUUAGGGAGUGUGCUAGAGCAAUCAAUGAUAGAGACUCAAGCAAAAUCCAACACCUUCUAUGGAUGCUAAAUGAGUUAGCUUCCCCUUAUGGAGAUUCUCAGCAGAAACUAGCCUCAUAUUUUCUUCAAGCUCUAUUCUGCAAGGCCACUCAAACAGGCCAAAGAUUCUACAUGAAUCUAAAAUCAGCAUCUGAAAAGAACCAAUCUUUUGAUUCAGCAAGAAAAAUGAUACUCAAAUUUCAAGAGGUAAGUCCAUGGACAACUUUUGGACAUGUAGCUUCAAAUGGUGCAAUCUUGGAAGCCUUUUUAGAAGCAGGAGGAGAGAAAAACAAAAAGAAAAAGCUUCACAUCAUUGACAUAAGCAACAACACUAGCACACUUUGCACUCAAUGGCCUACUUUCUUGGAAUCCUUGGCUACUAAGAGUAGUGAUCAUGCUGAAACUCCUCAAUUGAAGCUCACAAUUGUGUUGGUGAAAGAGAGCUUAAAAGGGUCAGUGAUGAAUGAAAUUUGUCAGAGAAUGGAGAAGUUUGCAAGGCUAAUGAGAGUGCCCUUUGAGAUUAACAUGAUAAAUGGUGUGGAACAUUUAUGGAAGGUAACAAAAGAAGAGUUAGGAAUAGUAGUUGAAGAAGAAGAAGAUGAUGAUGAUGAUGAGGCUUUUAUUGCUGUGAACUGUGUUGGGGGAUUGAGGAGAGUUGAGGAGGGAGAAAGGGGUAAUGUGAUUGGAAUGUUGAAGUCUCUUAGUCCAAGAAUUGUGACAAUUGUUGAGGAAGAAAGUGGUGGUAGUGAUGUUUCUUGCAUCACAAGAAAUGAUGAUGAUGACUUUGUAAAAUGCUUUGAAGAGUGUUUAAGGUUUUACAAGAUUUACUUUGAGAUGUUAGAGGAGAGUUUUCCAACAAUAAGCAAUGAAAAGUUAAUGCUAGAGAGGGAGUGUUCAAGAAACAUACUUGGUGAUUUGGGUUGCAAUAAUAAUAAUAAUAAAAGGGAGAGAGGAGUAGAGUGGUCUAUGAGGUUUAGGGAGUAUUUUACUCCAAUAGGUUUGAGUGAUGAUGUUGUGGAUGAUGUUAGGGCAUUGCUAAAGAGAUAUAAUAGGUCAGGGUGGUCAUUGAUGUUGCCAUCAUCAAAAGUAGAAGGAAUUUACUUGAAAUGGAGGGAUCAACCUGUUCUUUGGGCUUCAGCUUGGAAACCCUAG